CAAGGUGGGGGGCAAAUGGUGUGCUCUGUGAGAUGCCGGUGUUGAUAACUGCCUUACUAGGCACGAACCCAACGUGUCUUAUGCAUGCAAGCAGGGCUCUGCCAUGUUGAGCAGAACGGCAAUACCGUCUAUCCCAAGCCUAACUUCAUCAGGCGACCAAUCCUUUACGCCUUGGAACCCGGCCACAGUCUUAGAAUGAGCUUAGACGGUGCCAGCUGUCCCAGCCUUCCGACCGAGAUCCUCAAAAUUGAGGACAAAGAAAAUUGGGGAAGCAUUUCCAGGCUAUGAAGUUAGGCAUGAGUGCAGUCAGUCUUGGAUUGGCGUCGACAUCGCCGUCUGAGGGCAUUCACAGCCGCUAGUUUCAUCGUCUCCUAUGACUUCGACGACGGAGACAUUCGGGAUCAACAAAGGCGCGAGGAUGUAUAAAUCGUCUAGUUUCCUUCAAGGGAAAAUAGAGUAGCACAGAGCUCGAUAGAAUAUCACUUACCAGAAGUCAUUACUACAUACCUCACAGACCACACCUCACACCAAUCCCCUACUGACCGGACGCUCAGUGGUAGCCCAAUCUCUCUUGCUCAUAUCUAGCAGAGCUUCACACACUCCCAUUCAAAGAUGUCUGAAACCAACUCAAAUCAACAGCUCGAGGUGUACACCAAGCCAGAGGGAGGCUUUUUCAGCCUCACAUCCAUCACCGAAGCUUACAAAAAGGCCCUCAGCGUUGCUUAUCCGGCCACCAAGGACAUUGCCGACGAGUUCUCCGGCAGGAUCCCCGACAUUGUCAACAAAGCCCGGCAGAGAGUCUCCGACCUCGUCUUCAACGUCCAAGAGCUGAAGUGGGAGAUCGAACAGGCUCGUCGCACCAUUGUCGAGACGAAUGACAAGUUGCAUGCGCUUCUCAAUCAGGAGGAGAUCAAGGACGAUCCGUUGGAGUGGGACAUUGAGGAGCAGAAAAAGAACAUCGACGGACCACCGGAGAAACCAACCAAGAGAUAUUAUACGCCGAAGAAUCAAGAGAAGUUCGCCUGA